AUUGAUGUGCCUCUUUUCCCCUUUUACUGGCGUCAGGCUUCAUUUGUCAGUGAACAAGUCAAGUCUGUCAAUCAAAAGCCGAGGUUCACUUUCCUGCUGAUGCAACACUCCCUGCUGUUUCAGCUGGGAACACACAGGGAACAGGCCUUUACUGCUGUCUGUCAUCACCGCAGUCUGAGUUUGCCCAGUACUGAUUAUUGAUCAAGAGCGAAGACAGGUUUUUAAAUAGCCAAAGUAAUCUAAGCUGCGGACAGAUCCACAGUGCAGCUUGCUAACAUUCACACACACCUAUGGAUAUGUUGAUGUUGAAGGAGAGGUUCACAGAUUUUGAUGUGCUCAUAUGAACAUUGAAACAGGUUUGGUUGCUGUAAUCAUUCCUCGAGUUUAAUGUUUCUGCCACCAGAGGUCACCGUCAGACAAGCCAAACUGCUAUGUGUGCAGCACUGGGCUUGGUUCAUGUGGAGGUUGUGUUUGCAUUAUGAGCUCAUGUUUGUGGUAGACGAGCCUGAUCCUUGGGUUAAUGAAAUCCGUAUCAGUGCUGUGUCACAGAUGGAGUGAUGACUGGAUAUGAAUGCAGCAGCAGUGGGCGGUGUGUCUCGACCAGAGGGUGUUGAUAUAUCCACGUAAACUGACUGUUUUAAUUUGUGAGUUAAAUUUAACAUGAUCAUUCCCUGUUUAUUUAUCGGUAAAAACCCAGUGUCCUUCAGGUCUGUGAAAAUGACCUCACCUGGGAUGACAAACCAGGGCCAAGAGCCACACGUCUGUGCUCCAUUAGUCCUGCUGCUGCUGUGAGAGACGACCAUCAACCUUUCUUUGGUGUGUUGCUCAUAGCCCGCUUCGCUUGUCUACAGCUAACAUCAUAGCCCUGACUCUGAACAUCAACACAGCGGGGUCAUCUUUGCGGUCGGCGUGGUUAUGCUGAAACUGGCUGCUCAGACCUACGCCCGCCUGCCGUUGCCAUAGUAACAGUGAGAUCGACCUUGGAGGUGUGUAACAUCCUCCUGUUAGUGUUGGUCGAGGAUUGUAUAGUGGUUCUAAAUCAAUUCUUCUGUCAUCAUCAUCCUCAAGUCUUUCUUUCUUUCUUUCUUUCAUUUUUUCCUGCACCCCCUUCCUUUUUCUUCUUCUUCUCUCUCUCUUUCUCUCCCCCUCUCUGUCCCCCUCCCUCUGUCCCUGGAGAGAGUUUGUAUAGACAGUCAUCUGGUCCCUCCUCCUCUUCCUACCCCCCACCACACCCUUCGGCUCACAGACAGGAAGCAGGAGGCAACCUUGGCUCGUCCUAGAUGAGUUAGAGCUGAGCACUAGUCGUGUGUGAAUGUUAUCAGUGGUGUGUUUAGAGGAGGAUGUGGAGGGUUGUGUAUAUGUAUGAAUGUGAACCUCUUUUUUGUUCAUACAAGUUUGUGUGUGCGUGCGUGCAUGCACGGGAUUUGUGCACUGACAACCAUGUGGUGUGAGCAUCUUGACUGACUGACUGACUGUGUCUGUGAGAGAGAGAGAGCGACAGAGCUCAGGGGAUCACUGUGAACAUGAGUAGAGGGCAACACAGCUGAGCUGUCUUUAUUUCUGCUCGCUCUCUUUUUUUCUCUCCUCUCCUCAUUUGUGUUUGUACAGUAGACGAAAGCAGCGUGGACUUGAAAUGUGUGUGCACAUGGAUGUUUGGAGAGUAGGUUAGUGCUUGUGACUUCAGUGUGUGUGUGUGUGUGUGUGUGUUUGAGUGUGUGUGUGUGUAUUAUGUGAGCGGUGUGUACUUUGGAGGACUAUGAGUGGAGAGGAGUAGAACAGGGGGUCCAGCUGUGGGUCUGUCACUCAGUCAGACAGGAUGGUGCAGCGCUUCAGUCUCCGCAGACAGUACUCCAAGAUCGACCGGCUGGAGGUGAGUGGGCUGGGCCAAACACCGCUGGCUGUGUCUUGUGGGGCAGACGGUUCGUUCCCAGGUGGGGAGGAUAGCACCCCAGACCCUCAGCGCACCAAACAGGCGAUCGCGCAGCUACAGCAGAAAAUCCUCAAGCUCACAGAGCAGAUUAAGAUCGAGCAGACGGCCAGGGAUGACAACGUUGCCGAGUACCUCAAACUAGCCAACAAUGCGGACAAACAGCAAAGCACACGCAUCAAACAGGUUUUUGAGAAAAAGAACCAAAAGUCAGCGCAGACCAUCCAGCAGCUGCAAAGGAAACUGGAGCACUACCACCGGAAGCUGCGAGAAGUGGAGCACAAUGGUAUCCCACGCCAGCCCAAGGAUGUUCUGCGGGACAUGCAGCAGGGACUGAAGGGUGUUGGAGCCAGAGUCACGGGUUUUAGCGAAGGGGUGGUGGACAGUGUCAAGGGAGGCCUGUCGAGCUUCUCCCAGGCCACUCACUCUGCCGCGGGGGCCGUCGUUUCAAAACCUCGAGAGAUCGCCUCACUGAUUCGCAACAAAUUCGGCAGCGCUGACAACAUCCCCUCCCUCAAAGACUCUCUAGAUGACCCCUCGGUGGAUGAAGGCGUGACGGGGGCUGGCGGACGUUCAUUUGGCAGUGCUGGGCAUCACCUCCAGUCCAGUCCAAAGUAUGGCAGCGAGGAUGACUGCUCUAGUGCUACGUCGGGCUCAGCGGGGGCCAACAGCACCACAGGGGCCCCGGGAGGCCCCCCCAGUUCCAAGGACAACACACUGGACAGAGGCCAGAGCUCCAGCCUGGAAAUGUUGCUGCAGGAGGUGCAAGACCUGAGGGAGGGCCAGGCGAGGCUAGAGGAGAGCCUCGACGGCCUGAAGAGCCACUAUCAGAGAGACUACACAGUUGUAAUGCAAGCCCUGCAGGAGGAACGCUUCAGGUGUGAACGUCUGGAGGAGCAGCUGAACGACCUGACAGAACUUCACCAGAACGAGAUCCUGAACCUCAAACAGGAGCUGGCCAGCAUGGAGGAGAAGAUCGCCUACCAGUCUUAUGAGAGAGCCAGAGACAUCCAGGAGGCGUUGGAGGCCUGUCAGACCAGGAUCUCUAAGAUGGAGCUGCAGCAGCAGCAGCAGCAGGUCGUCCAGUUGGAGGGGCUGGAAAAUGCCACGGCCCGGACCCUUCUGGGAAAACUUAUCAACGUGCUGCUGGCCCUUAUGGCCGUCCUUCUGGUCUUUGUCUCGACCGUGGCCAACUGUGUGGUCCCCCUGAUGAAGACCCGAUCGCGCUCCCUCUCCACCCUCCUCCUCAUCCUCCUGCUGGCCUUCUUGUGGAGAAACUGGGACGCCCUGUCGGGGUACACACACCGUGCUCUGCAGUCGCCGGGAUGACCAGACCAAAGCCAGCACGUAUAUAUGCUCUGGUGUUGCCAGGUGAUGUAACUGUAACCGCAGUCAUGCAGGAUACUUGAAGGACGUGUAUGCCGUAGGGAUAGCCGUGUGGCCGGGCACUGAAAAUUCGGCUGAGCACUUUUCGGACACGCCCUGGAAUCAAGACAGACUGGAAGAAACUGAGUACAGUUGAGAACACUGAUGAAUUUUUUUUUUUAGGAAGGAAAAGACUGUUUACAUUUUUAAAUGAACUGCUGUGUUGUUUCUCUCGCAGAAUGCAACGUUGUUUUUAUCUUUAAAGUUUAAAACCGUCAUGAUGCUAUUAUUUCUAAUAUUAUUAUUAUUUUUAUUUUCAUUGUUAUUUUAUUCAGUACCAUGUAGCAUUACGCUCCUCUCACUCUACGUGGAGGGGAGUUUAGUCAGGAAACUGGGCCCGGCGAUUCGCCCCAAAGAAGUCGAAUUGUUGACAUGCAAAUGUGAUACGGUGGUUGACUGCCUUUAGGAAGAGAACGCUCACCUGGCUGUGACUGGUAGAUCUGAACCACGGCUGAAAACCUUCCUGGGAGCUGCUCCUUUCUUGCUGUGAUGAAACGUGUUCAGAGUCAGACAGAAGAUUUUUUGAUUGACUGACCAUGGCCCUUUUGAAGUGUCAUGACUAGAGACUUUCUGUGCUUCCUUACUUUUCUAAUUGCAAAGAUGACAAGCUUUUUAAUGAUUUCUUUUUCUGAGUAAUAACAGGACAAACUGUGUUAAAUUGGGGGAGAUAUAAAUGACACACAAAGACAAUGGGCCAGCUUUAGAGGGAAAAGCUACCACGGGCUGCUGACCACAGAAACGGCACAUAAAGGCAGACACCGUCUGGUUAUUGUCAAACAUCUGCCAUAAUUGCUGCAUGUAUACAAGGCUGCACGUUUUCACUAAGAAAAAUUACAAAGGAACCACUUUUGCUUUUAAAAGCAAUGAAAAAGGGUCGUUGUCAAAGCAAAAUCAAUUUGCCGGGGUCAUUUCCUCGUCCCCAGGCCACAUCUAAUGUGAUCAGGUUUGGAAAGAGACGAUUAUUGGUGCUCUUCCAGCUCCGUCUCAGUCGGAGUCGGAAUGCUGCUUCUUCAUAUCUACAGUGCAAAAGUCAUCUCCACUGCCACGCCAGUCAAAGGCACACUGCCUGUAUGUGACAUUGUUCCAUUCCUCCGACACACUCCCUGCAUUCUAUCUCUGUGGCCGUCCUUCUUUCUUUCUACACUAUGUCAUGGUGUAACCACCCAGUGCCAAACCUUAGUGAACCCAGGGAUGGGUCCAACCUGAGAUGGCGGAAAGCGGAGGUUGCUCUGCAGAUGUGUCAUGAAUGUCUCGAUUGUUUUGGGAGACAAUAACUUUUGACGAGCUCACAAUCCGAACACGAACUUUGACUCCAGAUCGUCCGUUGUGUGUUUGCACCUUGCUUUCUUGAGGACAGAUCCUCGGCUUAAGCGUUCUAGUCCUUCUCUCAACGCGCCCCCAUUUCUCAACUGCCCAAGGACACGACCAGAUGACAUUGCACAUUUAACGGUUCACCCUGCAUUUCAUUGCUGAGAAGCCGAUUUCCUAACAGAUAGUGAGAUCAUUUGAACUGUACAGCUGCACUUUAGCACACUGCUAUGAUAACCUAGAGGUUAAGGCCGAGGCUUGAGAAACCCUUGAUAGAGACCUCCUCCGUGGGAUAAGAGGAGUCGACUCAGGUCAGGAUCACUGUCAUCCUUGUACUAAGCUACAACCCACAAAGAGGAAUCUUACUGAAGCUCAUUUCUUUUCAAAAUGACGACAAACUUGAUUCCUCUCACGUUCAACAUGUAAUUUAAAUGGCAGGAUGCAGAUCCGUUCCUCUGUCUCGGUCUUGCCACUGUGAGUGCAGCAGACGGGUUGAGAGUGAGUUGACCUUUGCUUGACCUUGAAGUAAAUUCUCUGAUGUAGGGUAGCGUGCUAAACCACUCUAGUGCCUUCUGAUGUCCUUUUUUUAAAAGUGUGGAAUAAAUAAAGUGCAUUCCUGACUAA